AUGGCGGAUACAGAAAUUAGAUCUCACCCUUUAUUGAGAAAACGAAGAACAGAGCUUAACCAUGGCUUCUCUUCUUCUCAAAUGGAAGCCAUGGCUGCUUUCUGUGAAGCCCUCAUUCCUUCUUUGCCUCUUUCUAAAGAAACCCCACUUGAUCAAUCUCUUAUUUCAUUCUAUCAAGCUUCUGCUUCUGAACCGCCAAUUCCAGAUGAGGUAGCUGAGCUAAUGGCGGAGAGGGCUAAUCCAAAAGCUGUGUUUCUUGUGAAAUUGGUUCUGAGACUUUUGUCUUUUAGGAUUGGGACAUUGUUGCUUUGUGGGAAUGUUUGCUUUGAUUGGAGAUGGCCUUUCAUUCUUAAAUUUUCUGAGAUUUCUGUGGAGAAGAGAGAAGAGAUUCUCAAGAAUUGGUCUAUGGCUCACCAGAAGUAUACUGUACUUUUGAGAAUGACUUUCAUGAUUAUUAAAAUUUUCUGCUGCUUCAAAUUCUUCUCCAGGAUCGAUGGGGAAACGAAAAACGUAGCAUGGAAAGCGAUGGGGUAUCAUGUAGACACCCGAAAACGGUUGAACGAUACCCGAAAAGAGCGGCCUCUUGAAAGGGGAAUGAUAGAGACUGGCAAUGAAGAUGAUUCCACUUUUCCCAAGUCUCUUACACUGAAAGGCCUUGAAGUAACUGAAGAUAAAAAACAUGGCAAUGCCUAUAAGAUCAAAUGUGAUGUUGUGAUUGUUGGCUCAGGUUGUGGUGGUGGAGUUGCUGCUGCGGUUCUUGCAAAAUCUGGUUUGAAGGUAGUCGUUCUCGAGAAAGGGAACUAUUUCGUAGCUGAAGAUUAUUCUUCCCUGGAAGGUCCAUCCAUGAAUGAGCUAUAUGAAUCAGGUGGACUCAAGUCAACUCUUGAUGGGAAGGUUAUGCUGUUGGCUGGAACUACUGUGGGUGGAGGUUCUGCGAUAAACUGGUCUGCAUCAAUUAGAACUCCAAAAUCUGUUCUCGACGAGUGGUCUACCGAUCAUAAGAUUCCUUUGUUCAGGAGCAUCGAUUACCAAUUGGCAAUGGAUGCUGUGUGUGAUAGAAUUGGAGUGAUAGAGGGAUGUUCACUAGAAAGUUUUCAAAAUCAAGUUCUUCGAAAAGGCUGCGAGAACCUCGGUUUGAAAGUUGAUUUGGUUUCAAGAAAUUCCUCAAAAGAUCAUUAUUGUGGGUCUUGCUGUUAUGGCUGUAGAGUUGGUGACAAGAAAGGGACUGAUUCUACUUGGUUGGUUGAUGCUGUUGAAUCUGGUGCAGUGAUCCUCACAGGCUGCCAAGCUGACAAGUUCAUUUUGGAGAACACAAAUAACACAAGUAGAAACAAGAGAUGCUUAGGAGUGAUUGCAACUCCGCUGAGCAAAAACAUCACAAAAAAACUUCAUAUUGAGGCGAAAGCAACAAUCUCAGCUUGUGGUUCUCUCCUGACACCCCCUCUAUUGAUUGCAAGCGGAUUGCGUAACAAGAACAUAGGCAGCAAUCUUCAUUUGCACCCGGUUAUUUUGGCUUGGGGAUACUUCCCCGAAGAACUAUCCGAUUUUACUGGUAAAAUAUACGAGGGAGGGCUCAUUACUUCCCUCCACAAGGUAGUCUCAAAAGAUUCCCAUAGCCAUGCCAUAAUCGAAACCCCUGCACUUGGAUCAGCCUCAUUUGCUGCACUGUUUCCAUGGAUUUCUGGGCGUGAAAUGAAAGAUGCAAUGGUAAAGUAUGCUCGAACUGCCCACCUUUUCGCUUUGGUAAGAGAUCAAGGUGCAGGAGAAAUAAAGGUGAAGGCCAAUGUCAAGUAUCGACUCAACCAAACCGAUAAAGAGAAUCUAAGAAUCGGUUUGAGGCAAGCAUUGAGAAUCUUGAUUGCAGCAGGAGCAACUGAGGUUGGCACCUAUAGAAGUGAUGGCCAGAGAAUCAAAUGUCAAGGGACAAACAAGGAAGACUUGGAGGAGUUCCUUGACUCGGUCGAGGCAGUCGGGGGACCGUUGUCGAGGGAAAAGCACUGGACCAUGUACUGCUCAGCACAUCAGAUGAGCAGCUGCAAGAUGGGAAGCACAAAGGAAGAAGGAGCAGUGGAUGAGAAUGGUGAAAGUUGGGAAGCAGAAGGCUUAUUUGUAUGUGAUGGAAGUGUGCUGCCAACUGCAAUUGGAGUGAAUCCAAUGAUCACAAUUCAAUCCACAGCUUAUUGCAUCUCAAAGAAAAUUGCAGAGUCUUUGAACUAAAGAACAAACUUCAUGGAAGAUGUUUCAAUGUUUUCCAUUUAGUACAUAUUCUCAAAAUUCAAAAAAAGAAAAAUAAAAGUUCUUCAUCUAGUACAAUCUGUUCUUCUAGGAAAGUUUUUGUAACUUAUCAAUGCAAAUAAAUGUGAUAAUAAAUAUUUAAAUAACUUCAGUUCAAGAAAAAGUAUUUUAGAGGUCGUGUUAA